AUGGCAAGUCUGGAUAUCUCCCAACCGGAAGUGUGGGACGACUCUGCCCUGGUCGACUCCUGGAACGAUGCCUUUGAGGAGUACAAGAAAUAUCACAGCCUCGCCGCCAAAGGUGAAAAGGUCGAUGUGACCACUUUGCGACUCGAAAGCUCACAUACGAACGGUGAGGCCAAGCUUGAGGAACCAGCAAAACCGCAGACAACCGCAGCGCCACCCCAGCCUGCAUCAUCUGCUCAAGCUCAUGCAGACGCUCCAUCACUCGCGCAGGCCUCUAUAACAAAUGCACAAGGCGCUCCAGUGUCGACUGGUGCAGCCACCCUAUCGAUCCCGCAGGCUCUCAUGGCAACUGUUUAUAACGACGACAUGAAGAACCUUAUGAUGUCGUGGUAUUAUGCCGGCUAUUACACUGGACUCUACGAGGGAAAGCAGCAGGGCUACGCCAUGGCCCAAGAUCAGCGACACACAGGCUGA